AUGUCUUAUGAGAAGGAGCUUGCUGCUGCUAAGAAAGCUGUCUCUCUUGCAGUUCGUCUCAGCCAAAAAGUGCAGAAGUCUCUGUUGCAAUCAGAUGUCCGGAAAAAAUCUGAUAAGAGUCCGGUCACAGCUGCUGACUAUGGAUCCCAAGCUGUGAUCAGUCUUGUAUUGCAGAGAGAACUUGACCCUGAACCACUAUACGUAAUUGCUGAAGAGAAAGCAGAAGAUCUGCAAAAGAAUGGAUCCCAGGCAUUUCUGGAAAGCAUCACUAAGCUUGUGAACGAUGUUCUAGCUUCUGAUGAGUCUUAA